CUCUCUUUCUUCUCUUUAUAUAUUAUUUAACAUGAGUAAAAACGGCGACGGUAAACAAAAGACUCCUCUCCUUACACACCUUGUUGCUGGUGGUGCAGCUGGUUUCAUGGAAGCAUGUACUUGCCAUCCUUUGGAUACAAUUAAAGUCAGAAUGCAAUUAGCAAAGAACGCUGCCAGAAAUGCUAGUGGCAAACCACUUGGUUUUCUUGGUGUAGGUGCAAAGAUCAUUCGAAAUGAAUCAUUCUGGGCUUUAUAUAAAGGCCUUGGUGCUGUUGUCUCUGGUAUUGUUCCCAAGAUGGCUAUUCGUUUCAGUUCUUUUGAAUUGUAUAAGUCAUGGAUGGCUGAUCAAGAUGGAAAAGUAAGCACCACUGCUGUCUUUUUCGCUGGUCUUGCUGCCGGUACUACUGAAGCUGUUAUGGUAGUAUCUCCUAUGGAUCUUAUUAAAAUUCGUCUUCAGGCUCAACGUCACUCUAUGGCUGAUCCUAUGGAUAUUCCCAAGUAUCGUAACGCUCCUCAUGCUGCUUACACAAUUGUUCGUGAAGAAGGUGUUCGAGCUUUAUACAAGGGCGUUACAUUGACUGCUUUGAGACAAGCCACCAAUCAAGCUGCUAACUUUACUGCUUACCAAGAAUUCAAGAGAGUUGCCAAAAACUACCAAAACCUUGAAGAACUUCCUUCUUACCAACACUUAAUUCUUGGUGGUGUUUCUGGUGCUAUGGGUCCUCUUUCCAAUGCUCCUAUUGAUACCAUCAAGACUCGUAUCCAAAAGUCUACUGCCAGUGGAUCUGGUUGGGAACGCUUCAAGAUUGUUACUACUGAGAUCAUGAGUAAAGAAGGACCUAAGGCUUUCUAUAAGGGUUUGACACCUAGAUUGUUACGAGUUGCUCCCGGUCAAGCUGUUACAUUCAUGGUCUAUGAAAAAGUGAAAUCAUGGCUUGAUCUCUUUCAAGAAAAAGUAAAAGAGGGUGAAGUUACUGCUAUUGUUUCUACUGCAAAGAAAUAAGCCUACUUCAUUCAUGUAUAUUGUUAAAUCAUGCAACGUCUUUUUUUUUAUCAUAGACAGUUUUUCUAUAUCCACAUUAAAUUCAAGUUACACGAAAUUCGACUUGUCAUCCCCACAUUUUUUUUUAUUUUAGCCGUGCACAACUUUAUAGACGGCUUUUUUUUUCACUCGGAG